GGCCCCAGCCGCCCUCAGUCUGCGCCGGUCCUCGGUCCCCGCAGCAUCAGCAGCAGGCUGAGCCCCCCCGCGGCCCGAGGCGGCAGCAGCGCGGCGUAGCGACGCGUCGCGUAGCGAGCGUAUAGCGAGCCACCCCUCGCGCUCGCUCCAGCCAGCCGGCUAGACCAGCGCGCCGCCCCCGGCGCCAGCCCCUCUCCACCUCAGCACACAUUUCUCUCGCGCGUCGCCGACACGCGUUUCGCCCUCUCUUUAUUCUCUUCUUUUCCCCGCCUCUGGUGCGCGCGGUGCGUGGUGCCGAUGGGCGCCAAAUAGCCCCCGAGCCGCCGUCACUGGGGAAGGCCAGGGGGGCCUGUGUCACCGUGCGUGCUGCCUGCGCACAGCCGUGAAUAAGAGUCUGCCGAUUGCCCGCCGGCGUCCUGGGCGACGGGACGCGACAACGUGUCGCUCGGAGCGACCCCGUCGUGUGACUGUGUCGCGGACGCGCGGGGGAAUUUCGCGCUCGCGUACCCAGCCGUCAUUACUACAGUAGUGUCCGGUCGGCCGGCCGGCCGCGAUUGGGCGACCGCGAGCGCCGCCAGAGUGACACGUUAGUGACGCGCGAGUGACGCGAUGGGGCCGCCACGUGGACUAGCGCUGGUGCUGCUGGCGUGCUGCUGUUGGUGCGCCGGUGUUGCAGGCCACUCUGAUGAGUUCGUCGACGAGUACAUCGAUGACCCGUACAACAGCACCAACCUGUUCGCCAACAUCUCCAACCCGGAGGAGGCGCUGCGGUGCGCCGAUCUGCAGCUGCAGUACGAGGCCGCCCCGCCGGCCAACCACUGCGAGCCCUUCUUCGACAAGGUGCUCUGCUGGGAGCACCAGCCCGCCGGCACGCUCGCCUCGCAGACGUGCUUCGCCGAGCUCAACGGCGUGCCGUACGACAACAACGGUCGGAACGCGACGCGGAUGUGCCACCCCAACGCCACCUGGGACCAGACUACCAACUACUCGGCCUGCAUGAAGGACCUGGCCAACGCCAACGACCCAGGCAACCUGCACACCGAGGUCACCUCCACCAUCUACUACGUGGGCUACACCGUGUCCACCAUCGUGCUCACCGUCGCCGUCUUCAUCUUCUCGCACUUCAGUGAGCUCCACUGUCUCCGUAAUCGCAUUCACAUGAAUCUGAUGCUCGCGUACAUUGGGGCGGACAUCGUCUGGAUCCUGAACAUGACCGUCAAUGUGUACCUCGGCCACGAGAGCACGGAGUUCUGCAUCAUCUUCACGGUCCUCCUCCAGUACACCCUGCUCACCCACUUUCUCUGGAUGUUUGUCGAAGGACUCUACCUUUUCACGCUGGUGGUGAUGACGUUCCAGCAGCACUCGGCCAAGCUUCCCGUGUACCUCGUCAUCGGCUGGGGCACGCCCCUCGUCGCCGUCGUGGCCUGGGUCAUCACACGGCUCGUGCGCCCGCCACCGGACCAGGGCGAACGAGAAGGGCCGCAGACAUGUCCCUGGUGGCAAGAGCAUUGGGCGGACCGGAUAUGGAUCCAGGCCCCCUGCAUCCUGGUGCUGGUCGUCAACAGCAUCUUCCUGGUGUUCAUCAUGUAUGUGAGUAUCCUAAAAAGGUGGUGUGGACUGUCCACGAUCAUUUUAGUUGUUCGGGUGAAUCUCUAUCGAGAUCUUUAUAGUUAGACUACAUUGUCCAGA